UGGGAUUAAGGAGAUGGGUAUGCUGUUGUUGCCUUGGCCCAUCAUGUCCCUAGGCUUGCUGAAGUGUAAGCAUCCAAACCACCACAGGUUAGUGUGCUAUAUCAAUCCAGGCCUGAAAGAUUUGCUGCUGAGUCAUGUCUGCUACUGAAAGAAGUAUGCUCUUUUUUUUUUUUGCUUACAGGUUUUCUCCCUCCUCCCUUUUCCUUCCUUCCACCAUCAACCCACUCAGUGCAGACUCAGCCAGGAGAAAAGGUUAACUCUAAAGAAAAGUUGUUCCUGACUGCCUUCCCUGUUGUGCAGACUGCUCCCCAAGAGCAUUGCUGGAGAAAGCUGACUGCAAGCUUCAGGUCAAAGAAAUUCCAUGGGGACUGUACCAGAUCCUCUGAGGUCUGCCAAAGUUUCAUUGGUUUCAGUUUCUGAGGAGGAAGAUCACCUGGGAGAUUUGCAGUCCACCAAGCACCAGCACAAACAACCAAGUGUAGAGAGGAGCAGUAAUGGCAUCUCUCAUACAAUGUCUGAAUCUGUUGGCAUGUGCUUGUUUGACCUGAAAGAUGUGACAGCUGCCAAUGUUCAAAGGCAAGAACAAUUCUGUGAGAAUGUUGCCAGCCAGCAGGACAUACGUUCUUCUGGGUCCCUCAGCCAAAAUCAAGAAGUAUAUCCUGUGUGCACAAAGACAGCUAGUACCUCUGAGCAAAAAGACAACAGCACCCCCAUCAGGCACAUGCAAAUUGUAACAAAAGGAUAUACAGUGGGACAUGUACCGGAUACAAUGCCAGCUACCCAGAAUUCCAAGCUUAUGCACAGUGACCAGCCAAAGACAAGUUCACUAGCACAAGCUGAUGAUUCUGCAGUGAAAACCUGUGGGUCAGAGGAUCAGACAGACCAGUGGGUCAGAGGAUCAGUUGGUGAGUUAAAUUCCUCUUCCCCAGGCAACACUACCAAUAGUCAGUCCUGUCAUCGUAGCUCUCCAACAAAUAUCCUGCAAAGAGUACCCAUGGAAAAGGAAAAGAGACUGGAAGUAAUUGACUCUGGAUUCCCUCAGGCAACUACUCCAGUAAAAGAUUUUGCAACUGGUCUGAGCAAAGGGCCUCAGGCUUCUUUGGAGGCAGAAGAGAGGGCUGCAACUGAUGUGAAAUCAUGUCCCACAGGUAAUACUGCCCUUGACCACAGUGACAAGACAUCACCCCAAUUCAGACUUGAGGCCAUGGAGCCAGCAUGUAAUGCAGACACUGAGAAAACAAGGGUAGACAAGCAGCAGCUCUCCAGGUUCAGAGAUAUGGGUACAAUGACAGUCCAGCCUGAGACCAGUUCUUUAGCUGAGGAAGCAAGUAAGAGGAUGUGGCGAGAUGCUGAGGUUCAGGCUGUGGCUAGUGUAGAGAGUAAAUCAGCUUCUACCAGUCCCAGUAUCCUUGCUGCAUUCUUAAUGGGAAAUAUUCCUGCAGAAGAAAAGGAGAAUUUGCAUUUCAUUUACCAGGGUUGUGGGGAGCUGACCCACUCAGAGGAUGUUGAAAGCUUUUCAUCACUGAAAAAGUCCCCCUGUUGUCCUGGUGUCAUGCCAGACCUGCAUGUUCCACCAGCUGCAGUGGAGACAGUAAAAACUCAGACUGUCAAACUUCAAAAGCAUCCAGGAGACCCAUCUGACACCAUCUGUCCAGCAUUACCCGAUAACACAAAAGCUGCCUGUCCAUGCGCACAAGCAGCCAGUAAUACCCAUAGAACACCUGUUGAUAGAGCAGGACGACAAGGAGUCUAUCCAGUCAGAGACAGCAGUGAUAUUCCUCAGUUGCUCUCAGAUGCUCCAAUAUCACAGAAAGCAAAACCUGUUUACCAGAUUGCAAUUAACACCAGUAAGCAACCUGCAGUACAUCAGCAGUCUAGAGAUAGGGAGCCCAUCCCAUUUCCCUCUGCAAUUGCUCCAAAAGUCAACAGUAACUUACAGCACAUUGUCAGUGAUGCAGGAAAUAAGCAGUCACCUAUAUCCUGUAGAACACACAGGGAAAGUGGGCAGGGAGAGACCUGGGGCACAAAGGCUGGUGGUUGUCCUGACAGAAAAUCUUUGCAAGGUAAGAGUGGUGAUGAAUUGAAGACCAGUCCAUUUAAAAUGGAUAUGAAACCAAAAGAAGAAAAGUUAAUGCUUCUUGAUCCUAAAGGAGAGAUGCACAUCAGUGCUGCACCUGCCUGUGGCCACAUCAGAGUAUAUACACCAGUCACUCGUAAAAAUGAACAGGGUAAAGUCCAGGGAGAAAUUAAUCAGGCAAAGGAAGACAGUAGUCUGAGUCUGCAAACUGGACUGACAGCUGACUUGAGUGGGAAUUCUGCUCACUGCACUUCUGGGCUGGGGGCACAUGCAGCUCCACAGCAACAAAUCAGCCCAGCAAAUGACACCAGAAAUGAACCCAAGCUAAAUGCAACUCCUGACCUGGCCUCAGCUCAGCCUUUGCUAAAACUUGGAGAAAAGAAGAAACAGUCCACUCCAGCCAUGGAAGCCAAAGUACAUGUGAAGCAAUCUAAACACGUCAGGGAUGUUGUAUGGGAUGAACAAGGCAUGACGUGGGAGGUUUAUGGGGCAUCCCUUGACCCAGAGUCACUGGGUAUAGCGAUCCAAAAUCACUUACAAAGACAAAUACGAGAACACGAGAAACUGAUCCGGGCUCAAAACACUCAGAACCGGAAAUCCAUUUCCUCAGAUACAUCUUCAAAUAAAAAACUGAAAGGAAGGCAGCAUAACGUGUUCCAGGCCAUGCUGCAGAACUUCAGACACCCCAAUUGCUGUGUCCGUCCUGCUCCUUCUUCUGUACUAGAUUGAAAUGGUGUGCUUCGGGCUGUGUGAGUCCAAAGAUGUGUACACCUCCCUGAAGUGGAAAAUAAACCUUGCUGUUUGGUUC